AUGAGGAAGAUGUACUUGUACGACGAGGACUACCCAAUAGGCUAUGAUAUCGCCCUAAGGAGGCAGUUCAUGGCUACUGCACUCCUCGCCAUGACGAGCGCGGACAACUUCAAUAUGCCUUCUGCAGAAGCUCGAGGCGCGACGACUAUGGAGAAAUGGCUGCAGGACCCACUCGAUUUCACCGGCGUGUUCUUUGGAAAUGUCGAACUGUACAAGCUGUCGCCGCAAGUCUUCGGCGACCGUCUGACUAUUAUGUACAACACAUUCUGGCAGUCCACAUACGCCAGCAGAGCGAUCGGCGGAAAUCUACCAGCAUCCGUAAUGGAAACCGGCGCCAUGAACUUUACCCAGGCGCAACGCGCGGAUGCCAACAUUACAUUUGUCGCGACUGAAGCCAACAUAUCACAGGAUACCAUGCCGAUGUACAAGACAGAUUGGAGAUGGUUCGCAGCAUUAUUGGUUUGCUCAUUCAUACUGCUUGCCGCCGCAUACACCGGACUCGUACUCAAGUACAUCACGAUCGCACCGGAUAUCAUCGGCUAUGCAUCCUCGCUGACGCUUUUGAAUCCUUAUGUUCCAACACCUACGGGAGGAACUACUUUGACUGGACUGGCGAGAACAGCGUUGAUGCGCGACUACCCUGUGCGCAUAGGAGAUGUCUGCCCGAAUGAGGCCGUGGGCGCGAUAGCAUUUGCAAGAGCCGACAGGAACGUAGGAAAGCUGGACAGGAAACGAUUAUACAUCUGA